AUGGCGGCGGAGAACCACUGCGAUUUCCCGGUUCCCCCGGCCGGCGGCCUCGGCCCGGGAGGCCCGGGCGGGCCCUGCCGCCGGUGCAGCUCAGCGCCGCCGCCCGGCGCGGUGCCCGGCAAGUGGGUCCGGCUGAACGUGGGGGGCACCUGCUUCCUGACCACUCGGCAGACGCUCUGCAGGGACCCCAAGUCCUUCCUCUUCCGCCUUUGCCAGGCCGACCCCGACCUGGACUCGGACAAGGAUGAAACAGGUGCCUAUUUAAUAGACAGAGACCCGACCUACUUUGGGCCAGUGCUGAACUAUCUCAGACAUGGGAAACUGGUUAUUAACAAGGACCUAGCUGAGGAAGGUGUACUGGAAGAGGCUGAAUUCUACAAUAUCACAUCACUAAUAAAACUGGUAAAGGACAAAAUAAGAGAAAGAGACAGCAAAAUCUCACAGGUGCCAGUCAAACAUGUGUACAGGGUGCUGCAGUGCCAGGAAGAGGAACUCACUCAAAUGGUUUCCACAAUGUCCGAUGGCUGGAAAUUUGAACAGCUUGUCAGUAUAGGUUCCCAGUACAGCUGUGGCCGGGCCCAGCAGUCAGAGUAUCUGCUGAUAGUGUCACGGGAAGUGAAAGGGGAAGAGAGAUGCUUCCAGAAAUGCUGCAGUGAGCUGGUCAGUAUUGGUUCUUCCUAUAACUAUGGCAAUGAAGAUCAGGCUGAAUUUCUGUGUGUUGUCUCAAAGGAAUUGCAUAACACUCCCUAUGGCACAACCAGUGAACCCAGUGAAAAAGCAAAGAGUGAGGAUGAAGAAACGGAUUACGAUAUGAAUGACUCAGAUUAA